UGCUCCCUCCUCUUUGCCUGUGAGAUCGUAGCUUAGCAGCAGCAGCUAGCCGCCAGUCUGCUUUUUACAUCCACUGACAGAGGGCAACGCCGUGAUGGAGAUCGACUCGCUUCAAGAGGCGCUCCGAGAUUUCGAUAAGAAAGCAAAGACGGAGGAAUGUCCUCUUCUGGAGCAGUUUCUAUGUCAUAUUGCCAAGACAGGAGAGACAUUGGUGCAAUGGCCUCAAUUCAAGAACUACUUCCUGUUUAAAUUGGAGAAUGUGCUGGAUGACUUCAGAUCCUCGGCGCCUGAGCAAAGAGGUCCUGCAAAUCCAAAUGUCGAGUCAAUUCCAUUCGAAGAUAUGAAGGAGAGAAUCCUGAAAAUUGUCAAGGGAUACGAUGGAAUUCCAUUUACGAUCCAGCGCUUGUGCGAGCUGCUCACAGAACCCAAGAGGAACUACACAGGAACAGAUAAGUUUCUCCGGGGAGUGGAGAAGAAUGUAAUGGUGGUAAGCUGUGUCCACCCAACCUCAGAGAAAAAUGGAUGCAGCGCUGUCAGCAGAAUGAAUGGAGUGAUGCUUCCUGGGAACACAUCUGCUUUUACAGAGAGGAAAGUGAACGGUCCUGGAACUCCCCGACCGCUGAACCGACCAAAGUUGUCUCUGGCCAACUCACUAUCAGCUAACGGCCUGCCAGACAGCACAGACAACGAAGACGACAAAGACUCCAGUGAGGUGUCAGCGUCGGGGUCCCUGCCGAGCUCGGUGAAGAACAAACACCCCGAAGAAGCGGAGGAGGACAUGGAGGCCGAGCAACAGGAAGUGAAAAGACUUAAGUUCAGCAAGGACGACGAGGAAGAGGAAGAUGAUGAGGACGAAGAGGAUGAGCACGAGGCGGACACACUGAGGCCUUUACACGCCACCUGCCAAUCGAAAGAGGCAGAAGCCAUGGUGCAGGAGGAAGACGAAGAGGAGAAGGCCGGCUACAGGAAGGACAAGGAGGCUUCCAGCAGUGCUGCUCCUCCAGAGGACCAAGAACCCAGCAGCAGCACGCAGGCCGAGGCGUGUUCGGGCUCCGAGGCGGAGCAGGCGGAGAGGGAGGUGCCGUGCGGCUCCCAGGAGGAGGGCAACGACAUGGAUCAGACGGAGCAGCAGGCGCCGGUCCUGGAGGGUCCGGAGAGCAGCAGGGACAGCGAGGAGAGCAGCAGCGACCCGGUGAGCAGCAGCAGCAGCGGGAGCAGCAGCAGCUGCAGCAUAGAGGAGGGGGCGGACGCAGCCAGAGAAGACGUAGCCCCCUCCAGCAGUACCUCCGAACCCCCUACAGAGGGCGCCAUGGAAAGUGCCACCUUGAACACUGGGACCACAGAGGAGCCCAUGGAGCAGGACUAAACUCAACCCCCCCCCCCCCCAAAUCCCCCUUCUCUACCUGCAGCCAUGUGUGACCAUAAACCAGCUUGUCCUUGAUUCCAGCUUGACUGUCACUGGGAGCGAGGAGAACUGCACCUCGUACACAAGACAAAACGCCUCGUCCCGCUUUCUUUUUUUGGACAAUCCUCCGAAAAUACCUGGCAUUGAUGUUGGCAUACAAAUACAAUUUUUUUCAUUUGAAGUUUUAUUUCUUAACUGGAAUAUUUUAUUGAUCUGUUUUUAAGUUGUCGUUAAAAAGGGGUUGGUUUCCGCAGCCUUGAGAUUCCUGUUUCUUUGUGUUCAGAAGUGGUCUGGUUUUUUUUCUAAUACCACACACAGUUAUUUGGACAUUGACGGGAUUUGUAGUCGACGUUUUGUACCCUUUAAGCCCAGUGUACCACUACCAGGGUCCGAACAGCCAUACCAGCCCCUGGUUAUUUAUAAAAACGUUACAAGCUACCGCCACCAUUUCUGUUCCUGACUGAAGCUCAUGUAAAAAUGUGAUUUGAAGGUAAACCCCCACCGUCACUGUAUAUUGUUACUCCACCAUGUUCCACCAAGGAUGUUGACAACAUGCAUUGUUUUAAAAAUGAUUUCUACAUCCUUAUAAGAUGGAUUUUUUUUUUUUUUUUUCAUUGUGUCCAUAUAUUAUUAUUUUUUGCAAUGAUACACUACCAAUCCAACUAACAAUACAAUGGCCAUGCUACAAGGCAUCUUCUGUAAAAUUAUAUAUUUUGGAUGCAUAAAAACCCACCAUAAUUUAUAAAAAUCAUUUCAAUUAGUUCAUUUUCGGAGUACGUUUUUGUUUCGUCUGCCAGUUGUAGUUUACGAAAACCAGCUGUAAGUACAACGACGCUUUCUUUGUAUCGUGAUGUCACCAUGUUGUUUGACCGGCCGAUAUCCAGAGCAGUUUCUGGUUCCAGUUCUACACCUGUUUUCUGCAGCUGUACUUUUUGAUAUUUAGAAUUUUAAAUUUCUGUAAAGUAGAUUUUUGUAGAUUGUAAUACGGUAUGUGUUCACUGCCUUUGUGAAACCAUAUAUAAUUGUAUAAUUUCUGUGUAUACUCUGAAUGCUUUUGCUUUCAGUGCGGUAUUCAGAAAACAGCAAUAAAUGUUAACAUUUUUA